AUGGUUGCAGAAACAAAACUAUACGAUGCCCUGAGCAUCAAGCCGGAUGCUACCCAAGAUGAGAUCAAGAAAGCAUACAGGAAGGCUGCACUGAAGUACCACCCUGACAAGAACAAGGAUAAUCCAGCGGCUGCUGAGAAAUUCAAAGAGGUCUCACAAGCCUAUGAAGUCCUCUCCGAUCCCGAAAAACGCAAAACAUACGAUCAAUUCGGUCUCGAAUACCUCAUGCGAGGCGGACCACCCCCAUCUGCAGGAGGAGGACCAGGCGGUAUGCCCGGCGGCUUCAACUUCGCCAACAUGGGCGGUGCUCCGGGAGGUACACGCACAUAUCGCUUCUCAACGGGACCGGGAGGCGGAGGCACAUUCCACUUUAGCAACCCGGAAGACAUAUUCAAAAACUUUGCAAAGAGUGGUGGUGGCGGCGGCGGCGGUGGUGGGGGCUUUGGCGAUGAUAACGACAUUUUCGCUGAGUUCCUAGGUGCCGGGUUGGGUGGUGCUGGUGCUCGAGCGAGAACAUCGGCUGGUGGACCAGGCGCUACAUUUGGGGCUCGUCGUGAUCCCACCCCUGAACCGCAGGUUGUCGAGAAACCGCUCAAUUUGACGCUUGAAGAACUAUUCAAUGGUACGACGAAAAAGGUAACGACAAAGAGCAAGACGUUUGACCCCAGUGGCAAACGCACUGUUCAGGACAUCACGCUCGAAGCAAAAAUCAAACCUGGUCUGCGGACGGGAUCAAAGCUGAAAUAUAAAGGUGUCGGUGACCAGGAGGAAGGAGGUCGUCAAGAUGUUCAUCUAGUCGUUACAGAGAAAGAACACCCCACCUUCAAACGAAACGGCGACCACCUCGUAACAACAGUCGAUCUAACCCUCAAAGAAGCCCUAACAGGCUGGGACCGCAUCGUGAAAACCAUCGACGGAAAAUCAAUCCGAGUCUCAAAGCCCGGUCCUACACAACCCGGCUACGAAGAACGAUUCCCAGGAUUAGGCAUGCCAAUCUCCAAAAAACCAGGCGAAAGAGGAGAUAUGGUGGUUAAAGUGAAUGUCAAGUUCCCGACGAGUUUGACGGCAUCGCAGAAGGAGGUUUUGAGGGAUGUUUUGCCUUGA